UGUGCAGCGGGGCCACCCACUGCAGAUAGUCACUCGGGGUGGGUCGUCUUUUGCUGCGCAACCGCCCCCAAGCCCUAUCAGACAAGCCUCGAAUGGGUUCAAGACGAUGGAGAAUAGCGGCUGGGGCGCAGGGCGGCGCAUCGCUGCCUCUGAGUGGCCGGUCACAGCCUGUGUCAGAUCCACUUCUAGAAAACUUGCAGCUUCAACCCUCCCUCACGAGCACCCCAAGGUCCAGCAACCAAAUUGUCGACUGAUCGGCUCCACACAUUAGAGUUGCUGAGCCCAGGACUUCACCAAUACCUCCUUCUGUACAUAUAAUCAUAUAAGCCGGCGAACAUGUCUGACACUCAGGAAACGAACCGUGAAGAAGCGGCCGACCAAGUCGCAUCAAAAGCUCCCAAAAGCAGCAAAGAGAAGGGGAAACAACCAGAAGUCAUGGAUACUAUGUUUGUUGGAUGGGUGCCUGGAAGUCAAAACGAACCCCGCAAAACAGCCCCGCGAUUGCACCACAAGAAGAGUCGGACGGGUUGCCAGCAGUGUCGAGCUAGGAGAGUCAAGUGCAACGAAGUACACCCAGUAUGUGGUUCCUGCGCCCGCCACCAGACAACCUGCGUCUGGGGCAGACCAGGCCAAUCUCCAGGACGAUCCAAUUCACCAGGCUCGAGCAACACGAGCAGUAAACCCAAACCCUACACUAUUCGCCCAAAACUAUCACCAAACCUCACUUCAACGUCUUCCGACUGGGACGAGCCGCCAGAAUCGCGGUUCCGUCGAAUCACAGAGCUCCAUCUCAUGCAUCAUUAUAUGGCCAUCACCUCCAAGACUAUGACGAUGCCUGGCGAUCGAGCUGCCCCCGAAUGGACCGUAUCGAUCCCCAAAGUGGCACUGAAACAUAACAGUUUGUUGUACAGUAUCUAUACGUUCACGGCUAUGCACAUAGCGAAGCUGGAUCCGGGAAACCUGGAAAACAUUGCAGCAUAUCAACGCUACAUGGGCCUCACGCUUCGAGAACAUAGGGACGAAGUAGGAGUUCUGAGUCGUGCGAAUGCGGACGCUGCUUGUCUCACUUCGAACUUCUUGAGAGCUAUCAAUUUUGCCUUACUACAAGACAGACCAAUGGAACCCUACACACCACCAACGGAAUGGCUUCAGAUGAGCAGCAGCACAGGACGAGGAUUGAAUGUCGAGGCUUGGAAAUUCAUUGCAGACGAUGGGAACAGUAUCAUGCGAAGCAUGAUCAGCAACGCACCCGGCCUCAAAACCGGAGGCUGGCUCCGAGACGACACUGUCCUGUUCCGCGAAUCCAAUCGCCAAGACCUCCUCCACCUGCUGAGGAGAACAGACUCGGACCUCGUGGAAGAACCGUGGAACGACGAGAUCCAGAAAGCGUAUGAAACGACGACUUCGUAUAUUGGCUCCGUCCAACUGUCUAUAGCAGCCAAAGAAAACACGAGUAAUAUCUUCAGACGAUUGAUCAUCUUCCCGACGGUCGUGUAUACGGAAUUCAUUGACUUGGUGAAGGAGCAGAGACCAAGGGCUCUCGUUAUCCUGGCUCAUUUCUUUGCGUUCUUGUGGGACUUUAGGGAUUUUUGGUGGAUUGGGGAUUGUGGGAGGAGGGAGGUGAGGGCUAUCGAGAAUGCUCUGAAUGAGGAGUGGAGGGAGUUGAUGGUCUGGCCUUUGCAGGCUGUGGAUGACGUUUAUGGAUCUUCUUGAUAGAAUAGUCUCUUCCGUGAUGGAUUUGUUGGUUGGAUUAUUUGGAAGCAAAAUUAGCGGGCAACUGGCGUUGGUGGUUCUAUUUCGAUCUUCUGGAGGACUUUCUUAAUGGUAAAAGUGUUUAUAGAGGUAUAUAUAUGGUCAAUCGAAGAUCUCAUUCGGAGUU